AUGGCGUCUGCAAGCCGUGAGAUGCUGCACCCAAAAGAAGGUAUGGAGGAGGAGGAGGAGGGUGGAUCAGCCGCAAUUAAAGAGGACGAGGAAAAGAAAAUCGCGAGCUUCCUGGAGGAGAUUAAAGAUUUGACAAUAUUGCCCUCUAUGUUGGAACUCGAAUGGGAUUAUAUGCACUCCACCACUUGGAUGGGCUGGAUCACAUGUAUGAGCAGGAAGGAAUUGAGAGGAAUAGAUCUUGGGGAUGUGCGACAUUAUAGUGAUGCAGAGCUCUGUGAAUUUACUAAUGGAUACAGUGAGGACAACAUAUUCUGUCUUGCUCGUAAUGGCCGAUUGUUUAAGGCAAGGGGUUACAAUAACAGGAAAUUGGCCGUCAGAACUUUAGAUGCUGAUAUUGUGCUUCUUAGAGAUCCCUUGAUCAAAUCUCAUCCCAACUUUGUCAAACUGAUUGGAUAUAGCUGUGAAAGAAAGUUGGCGUUUGUGUUUGAUCUUGAUCCGAAAACAAGAGUCCAUGAACUCCUUACUUCCGAUGAUUUUGGAUUGGACGCUCGUAUGAAAGUGGCUAUGGAUUUUGGCCGCCUCUUGAAAUUCUCUCACGAAAAUCUGAUCAUUUAUGGGAGUAUUGAUGCCAAGGACAUAAUCAUCGAUCAGGACUCGAAUGUGAAGUUCUUUGAUUUUGGUUUUCAUAAACGAGUCAAAAACAAGGAUGAGAAGAUUGAGGCUCAAAGCUUCUAUAAAGAUCUUGGAUAUUACGCUCCUGAGGCUUACAAAUAUCCAGUAGGUUUGUGGUCAAUGAAAUCAGAUGUGUGUGCAUAUGGCAUUCUACUCGUGAAUCUGGUCUGUAAGAAACAAGGGGCUAUAUGGUUCUGGAAAUUGAUAAAGAGUGGAAAUGUGCCAGUGGUGAGUGAUAGUUUUCAGAUGGAUGAGCAUACUAAAUCUGGAAUCAUCGGUUUGGCCAUGUUGUGUGUGAACAAGGACCCGACCUGUCGACCUGAUAUGGGGACAGUGGUCGAGAAUUUGGAAAAUCUGAUUGCUAAUCGCUCAAUAGUGACUCGUCAUGGACUGAUUGAGUUGGAUGUAGCUAGAACACUAGUUUGCAGCAGUUAG